AUGGCACAUUCUUUAUUCAUCGGUGCAAUAGAUAGCCUGAAUACGGAAUCAAAGGGCCUUGUGCAUGUGACUAUACAAUCAAUGCGAAACAGUUUUUCCAAAAAAUUGACAUGCUUAACGAUACCAGCUAUCGUGGACUUAAUUCCCUCGGAGGUCUUUCCGCGAGAUUUGAUAAAGAUUCCUCCCAAUAUCAAAUUAGCAGAUCCUGAUUUUCAUGUACCACGUACAGUCGAUUUGUUGAUCGGUUCGGGCGCAACUUUGUCUAUGCUUUCCGUUGGUCGAAUUAAUUUAUCACCCGAAGGGGACGAUUUAUAUUUGCAAAAGACGCGUCUCGGAUGGGUGGUCGCCGGGGGAGCGUCUUGGCAAGCUCCUUCGAAAUUUGCAUGUUACUUAACAAAUUUAGAAGCCCAAUUAACAAAAUUUUGGACAAUCGAAGAAAUCGCGGAGGAUAAAUUAAAUUCCGAAGAGGAAAUCGAAUGCGAAGCACAUUUUGUAAAGACUGUUUCUCGCGAUAAUACAGGACGGUACACAGUUAGUUUACCAUUUCGCAGGACAAAUCAAUGUAUUGGUGAAUCGCGAACAUUGGCACUUAAUCGUUUAACAGCAUUAGAACGCAAAUUCAACGCGAACUCGGCAUUCCGAGAGGAGUAUACGCGAGUAAUUGAAGAACACGUGAAGUUAGGGCAUAUCUCGUUAACAAAAGAGUUUAGCAAUGACGGAUACUAUAUGCCUCACCAUGCCGUAAUUAAAGAAACUAGCAGCACUACUAAAUUGCGAGUAGUGUUUGACGCGUCGGCGAAAUCAAAGAACGGCGUGUCAUUAAAUGACGUAUUAAUAGUCGGACCAACAAUUCAAGAUAAAUUAUUUUCGCACCUAAUUCGAUUCCGUACAUACAGAUACGUCAUUACCGCCGACAUCGAAAAGAUGUAUUUGCAAGUAUUAUUACACGAAAAUGAUCGGCGUUAUCAACGAAUUCUUUGGCGUAAAAACGAUAACGUGGAAACGUAUCAAAUUAAUAAACUCGCAUUUGGUGUAUCGUCUUCGCCAUUUCUUGCUAUUCGUGUCCUUCAAAAACUCGCUGACGAUGAAGCGCACGCAUUCCCUAUCGCCGCGCGAGUGAUUAAAUCUCAUUUAUACGUGGAUGAUUUGUUAUCCGGAGCCGACAGCAUCGAGGAAGCGCGAAUAAUUAGAGACGAAGUGAUCGCGUUGCUUGCUCGAGGCGGGUUUUCUAUUCGGCAAUGGGCUUCGAAUGAUAAGCGUAUUAUCGAUGAUUUGGCGACCAGUGCAUUACACGCAAGGUUUACGUUCGAUGAAGGUCGAUUUUUUAAAACAUUGGGAAUAGCAUGGAGUACAGAUGGCGAUAAAUUACAUUAUUCAAUAAAUUCAAUUAAAGUUACAGAAAAAAUAACUAAACGAAAAAUACUUUCGGAAAUCGCGAAAAUAUACGAUCCAUUAGGUUUAUUAGGCCCCGUGAUAUGA